AUGGCCUCCAUCGCCCGUGCCCUGCGGCCCCUGUCGCGCACUGCCACCUCGGCCCGGCUGGGCCAGCGGCCACUAGCUAGCCGCGUGCCGCAGCAGAGUAAAUAUGCUUUCUCGACCACCUCCCGCCGGCGGGAGGUCGACCUGUCCAGCCUCACGCCCACCCCAAUCAGCCUGCUCUCGGAGACGGAAUCGCUGAUGGCGGAGUCAGUGUCGAAAUUCGCCCAGGAACAGAUCGGCCCGAAGGUUCGGGACAUGGACGAAGCCGAGACAAUGGACCCGGCCGUGGUGGAGGGGCUAUUCGAACAGGGUCUGAUGAGCGUGGAGGUGCCGGAGGAGUUCGGCGGAGCGGGCAUGAACUUCACGGCGGCAAUUGUGGCCAUCGAGGAGCUCGCACGCGUCGAUCCCAGCGUCAGUGUGCUUGUGGAUGUGCAUAACACUCUUGUCAACACUGCUAUCAUGAAGUACGGUGACGCACAGGCCCACCGUACUUGGCUGCCUAAACUGGCUACCGGUACCGUCGGCUCGUUCUGCCUGUCUGAGCCGGCGUCUGGAUCCGAUGCUUUUGCUCUGCAGACUAAGGCCGAGAAGACUGCCGAUGGCUACAAGCUUAAUGGCUCCAAGAUGUGGAUCACCAACUCUAUGGAGGCGGGUAUCUUCAUUGUCUUUGCCAACAUCAAUCCGUCCCAAGGCUACAAGGGUAUCACUGCUUUCAUCGUCGAGAAGGAUACCCCUGGGUUUUCCAUUGCCAAAAAGGAGAAGAAGCUCGGUAUCCGGGCCAGCAGCACAUGUGUGCUCAAUUUCGACGAUGUGGUCAUUCCCAAGAGCAACCUGCUCGGUGAGGAGGGCCAGGGCUACAAGUAUGCCAUCAGCGUACUCAACGAGGGUCGCAUUGGUAUUGCCGCCCAAAUGACAGGUCUAGCCCUUGGCGCAUGGGAAAAUGCCGCCAGCUAUGUCUGGAACGACCGCCGCCAGUUCGGCCAGCUCAUUGGCGAAUUCCAAGGCAUGCAGCACCAGAUUGCGCAGGCGUACACAGAGAUCGCUGCUGCCCGUGCGCUCGUUUACAACGCUGCGCGCAAGAAGGAAGCGGGCCAGGACUUCGUCCAGGACGCCGCCAUGGCCAAGCUGUAUGCGUCACAGGUUGCCGGCCGCGUGUCCGGCCAGGCUGUUGAGUGGAUGGGCGGUAUGGGCUUCGUGCGUGAGGGUAUUGCUGAGAAGAUGUUCCGCGACAGCAAGAUCGGCGCCAUCUAUGAAGGUACCAGCAAUAUUCAGCUGCAGACAAUCGCCAAACUUCUGCAGAAACAGUAUACGAAAUAG